UGCUGGUGGUGGUGGUGGUGCUCCAAAAGUGUAUUUCCGCCGGUAGCGACCGUCGAUCGCGCUGUGGAGGCGUCAGUUUUUGGGGUCCUGGACGUCUGAAGUGUUGCGCUUUGCUCUGCUUGACACCCGUCAGUGUCAGUGUCCGGAAUACCGGUAGUGUACCAGAGAGACGAAGGGAGGCGACAGGACUUGUAGACAGAGUGGAGAGAAACGACGUCCCGAACAACCUCACCGUGUGGUUGCCCCGUGUUGCUGCUACUGCUACUGCUGCUACUGCUGCUGCUACCGUUAGGACUGACGAGUGAAAUCGGAACACAUCAUUCCGCAGUAGAGGUGGUGGAGAGGAAGGUAACGGGCGCGGGCUUGAACCGGGGCUGUUCCCGGAGUCGAACGGAACGAUUUGAGGCGCUCGUUUUUGGCCACUUUAACGAGGUGAUAGAGAACGCAAACAGUGCCACAAUUAAUGCGAUGAGCAUUAAGUAUGUAAGUGACUGGUCGUGAACCAAUUCCGUGCCAAAUCUAAGUGUAUUAGUGUUUGCUCCAAACGGUGUCAGGAUAGUUCAGGUUCCAGCGCCGGAUUCCAGAAGGUUUCACAUCAUGGAUGGAUCACCACCGAAAGCUAACAGGAAGGUUCGAUUUUCACUUCCCGAACCGGCGGUACCGGCCGCUCCAGUGGCUAAUCCGGUCCAGAAGCAACGCAUGGCCCACGGUACGAUGCAGUACGUCAAUGGGACACUCAUCAGUCAGCAAACCACCGGUGGUCAUGGCCAGGGUGGUCAGUCGCGGGCCGGAUCCGGUCAUACCAACAAUCACCAUCAAACGCUACAAGUAACGGCCACCGCAACGACCGUCCCUGGCGUUAGCUCGGCGUUUAAACCGAAAGAGCUGAACAACAAAAUUGUCUUGCAUCUGCGGCCCUCCGUUAGCUCCCUGGAUGGUAGUGGUGGCAGCAGUGGAAGCGAACUAUCCCCCAAGGGGGGCAGCUCCUCGAUCGAUCUGAUGAAAUCCUCCUCUUCCAAGCAGAAAGCACUUGGACAGAAGGGUAUGCCCGGUUCCGGAACGACCGGUACCGGUGGUAGCCGUUCGUUGAAGACUCUGCCUCAUAUCAAUCAGAAGUUUCCCAGCUCGGAAGAUGUAAACAACAACAUCGGUGGCCAAUCACUGGCAUCCUGUGGCACUGGUACGACGACCGGAGUGAUCCGCCAGAAGACCAGUGACGAUCUCAGUACGGUCGGUAUGUGGAACCAUCCGACGAAGAAACCAACCCUCAUCCUGCGCACCAUCUCGAGCACAACAACUACAACAACAACAGCAACGACGGUGAAACCGUUUUCCGCCCGAAGUCGUACGAAAUCGGUUGGAAAGCUUCCGGUUGGGAACUCGAUCGCCGUCCGGUCCAACAAAACGCUCAUUUCCCCUCAUCUGCAGCCAUUGGAUGCUGGUGGUGGUGGAGUAAUGAUACGUGUCCACGAGAAUGGCAAUGGAAAAGUGUCUUCGGGAGUGCUGGAGCAGCCCGGAGCUACGAACGGUGCUCCCAAGGCUAGUCCGCCUGCUUAUGGGAAGAACAACUUCCUGGCCGUACCGGAGUACAGCGAUCGGUACGAGGGCAUGGAAACGGUGGUUUCGGCCACGGCACACGAAGAAGUGGAAGAGGAUGAGUUCGAGGAUAGCGAGCAGGAGGAAACGCUGGCACAGAAACCACGCGCAGGCGGCAAGGACUCAUCGGCCGAUUCAGUGUCCACUGCGGGAAGUGGAUCGAUUUCCGGGCUGGAUUUCCGGUGCACGCGAGACACGAACCUGGGCCGCGACAAAAACUCGGCCCAAUUCUGGGACUUUGUCGAGCGAUGGCGCACCAACCGGGCACUGAAGAAGCUCGAGGGGAACCAUGGCGGCGGCGGCAGCGGCGGAGGCGGUGAGCCAAGGAAAGGCAAAAUCGAUUCGGCGGACACCAAGAACGGAAUGGAGGCGGGCCGCAAAUGUCCGAGUGAUUUGGAUUUUGGAGCGUCGUACAAACCGGCGGACGCGAAAAGCCCCACACUCAGCUCGCGGAUACGUGCACUCAGGAUGAGCCUCGAACAGGUACCGACGGUGACGACGUUGCUGCGAGCAUCACGCGAUGCCAACGAGUAUCUGCUGAAGGAAGUCUUUCGGGACAUUCUGGAAAAUGGUAUCUCGAAGGAGAAUCUCAACUCAACCGAUCGCAGCGGAAGGACGGCCAUUUCCUACAUCUGCUCGACGAAUUUAACCAACUUUUUGGAGCUGUUCCUGCAACUACCGGGCAUCGAUGUCAACAAACCGGAUAACGAGGGCAACACGCCGCUACACUUUGCGGCCCAAGCCGGACUGUCCGAUGUGGUGAACAUGCUAAUCACCAAGUGCCGUAGUUUGGUGAUCGAUCCAAAGAACAAUCUUGGCUUUACGCCGCUCAUGAAGGCCGCCCUGCAGGGCCGCACGCGGUGCGCCAAGCUGCUGCUCUUCGCUGGGGCAUCGCCAGUCGAAACCGAUGCCGGGCGAGGAUUUAGGGCCGAACAGUGGGCACGCUUCUGUGGACGUCACACUUGCGCCGAAACGAUAGAACAGUGUGCCCGGGCCCGUUUGCUGGACAAAUCGACACCUUGCGGCCGAUGGUCACACGACAUCAAUCUGCCGGUGGACAAGAAUGCACUCAAGGCACGCAGCUGCAGCAUUACGCCUCAACCCACACAGAAUGGAUUCCGCUCCAAAUUCCGCAAAGUAUUCCCGUUCAACUUUAACUCCUCGAAGGAAAAGCCGGUCAGCAAGGAGGGCGAAGAGAAUUACACCAAGGAUUUGGUCAACUAUCUAAAGUCCGCGACGCUGUGCGUUAGUGGGCCCGCCCUGUCCGCCAACCGGAAGAUAAUCCAGAGUCUAAUCCGACCGCUGGAAGUGCCAAAACUAGAGGUUACGUAUGCGAACAACAACGCACUCAUCAAAAAGUAUGAGGCAUCCGCAAGCGGAGGAACGGAAAAUGGUCAUGCCAAUGGCAGCCGGCGCCACUCGGUGGACGGAUCCACCACCGAUAGCCGGCAUGCUCAGUCACCGGUACCGGCACCGAGGGCCAAUAAGGUCCGGAACUGAAACACCAGCAAACCGAGCCGGUCCACCAAUUCACGCAAAAGAGAUAUACAUUUCCUCUCGACGAACGCAGCUUGAGUAGUGUGGUAGAUCGUUUGAGUUGUAGCGCGUAAAACAUGCAUAAUUCAUUACUCUUCUUCUAGCCUAUAAGUGUGUAUCCGAUUAGAAACAAUAAAGAGUAGUUUUAAGAU